ACACACGGGAGCUGCACCCCCAUGUACUUCUUCCUCCUCAACCUCUCCCUCCUUGACCUGGGCUCCAUUUCCACCACUCUCCCCAAAGCCAUGGCCAAUUCCCUCUGGGACACCAAGACCAUCUCCUACUCAGGAUGUGCUGCUCAGCAAUUUUUCUUUCUAUUCUUGCUCACAGCAGAGUAUUGUCUCCUCACAGUCAUGGCCUAUGACCGCUACAUUGCCAUCUGCAAACCCCUGCACUACGAGACCCUCCUGGGCAGCAGAGCUUGUGCCAAAAUGGCAGCAGCAGCCUGGGGCACUGCUUUUCCCUAUGCUGUGCUGCACAUGGCCAAUACAUUUUCAGUAGAACUCCGUCAUGGCAAUGCCCUCGACAAGUUCUUCUGUGAAAUCCCCCAGAUCCUCACGCUCUCCUGCUCAGACUCCUACCUCAGGGAGGCUGGGGUAAUUGUGGUUAGUGCCUAUUUAGUCUUUAGUUGUUUUGUUUUCAUUCUUUUCUCCUACGUACAGAUCUUCAGGGCCGUGCUGAGGAUCCCCUCGGAGCAGGGACGCCACAAAACCUUUUCCACCUGCCUCCUUCACAUGGCCGUGGUCUCCCUGUUUGUCAGCACCGCCAUGUUUGCCUACCUGAAGCCCCCCUCCAUGUCCUCCCCAUCCCUGAACCUAGUGACAGCAGUUCUAUACUCGGUGGUGCCUCCUGCAGCGAACCCCCUCAUCUACAGUGUGAGGAACCAGGAGCUCAAGGGAGCAGUCUGCAAGCUGAUGACUGGCUG